AUGGGUGAAGAAUUCACCGACUCAUAUACUACUAACGCCGUUUUCACCACUUCAGUGAGACCAAUACUGGAAUACGGAAAACAUCCAAACGAAUUAACGAACUACGAAACAACUAACCUACAACCACCUCAAAAUACCGCACCACCUUAUCAUCAGCUUCCCGCUGAUCUUUCAGAAGAGAGCAUACGCAAAGAAGCCGCCUUGGUACUCGCUCAAGCUGAGCGUCACAAAAGUAAAGCCGAAAACGGCGACAAUAUUCCCACAUUUAAGGUUCGUACUAAGCGCAGUAGCGAUUCGAAUCCAAACAAAUUCCAUUCACUACCAACUCGCAAGAAGAAAGCUCCGGCAAAACCACUUUCGCGCAGCGUCAGUGACGCUGCUGCUAAAAAAAGCGCUAAACGUCCUUCUAUUUUUAAUAUCUUCAGUCGGCGCAGUGACACGAACGUCAAUCAGGUAGAACGCGAUCCACGCUUUGAAGACAGCGGUGGCAGGCGCCUAGUUCGAAGUAAGAGUGAUGUUGGCUCGUACAAUAAGGCGGAGCGUAAACUCAAAAAAUCUUUAAAGGAUUCCAAACCAGCGGUUACUUCUGGUAAUCUUCAAGCUUUAAAUGGUUCGAGCAAGCAACAGCUGAUUAAUACGCCACUUAGUCCAAUUAUUGAAAACGUACAAAAGGAAGACUACUUUGCGGAGCAAUUCAACCGGGAACGUCGUAAAUCUGAGGCUAUAACCGAGCGUGAAAAACAUGAGAGUGGUUUGAAUGAAUUGCUCCAUCGCAGUCGUACGCAAGCUGCUGAAGACGGCAAUAUCUUAGGAAAGGGGCCCAUAUCAAACGGGAUACGUGAUAAAAUUCUCACAUUACAAUCCAAAUCGCAAGAGAACAUGCAUAGCUCACAGUUGCCGGCACAAAAAUUACCGCUUACCAAGGGCGUCACUGUCAAUGGGCUGGCAAAGCGUUUGUCAAUGGAACGCUUUUCUCCACCACCACCACUGUCUGGUCCGGCUUUUUCAUACAUACGCCCGAAUGAGGGAAUCAUGUAUGCACAGUUGGAUCACAAUGAAGAACAAAACCAACGUCGCCAGUCACUACAUUCACCCAUCCGAGACCUGCGUACGCCGCAGCGAGAGUACCGUUCACCAGCUCGUGAUAUUAGGGAUCUACGUUCACCGGAACGCGAUCUCCUUAUGUCUGAUAUGGUGCUGGGUCGACAGUCAGUUGAUCGAACUGACUUUUCUGCUAGUCAAAACAUCUUAAAAAAUGCCAGCUAUAACACCAACUCCCAUAACCGUCGAAUUGGAAAUAGCAAUGGCAGUCGCAUUAUAAUUGAACCAUCACCACGCGCGCAUGAUGCGUAUGGAUCGCAAGCCGCCGCGGUCGGGCCUACUACCAUACGCAUCACCAAUUCGCACUCUCCUUCCCCAUGGCAGCAACUUAGUCCUCGUAACUUAAGCGAUGAGGAUGAGGGAUUAGGUACGGAAACCCGGAAAUACUACGAGGAUGAAGCGCCGCCUAUUAUGAAGUCUCGCGGUAGUAAGUCCCCUGCUGAGCCGCCAAUUGUUCCAGUCAUUCGCAGCAUCACUCCUACCCGCGAGAACGGUUAUGAUGCUUGUGCCUAUCAGUCGGCUUUGCGCGAUGAACCUAUGGAUGAUAUUGGCUAUCGCCGGGCCCGACUUGAGUCACGAAUUUUGACACGCCGUUUCGGUGAGUCGGCAACAUUAGAUCGCAAUAUAUCUAAUCGCAUUAAAGGCAUGUCACCUGAACGCAAUGGAUAUCACCGCGACACUGGAGCCUCGCCAGAACGCAACAGAGAAGUGCGCGAAGAGUCAACGCAGCAUCGCUACCUCAGCCCGGAACGCGAGAGAGAAUCAUACGAACCGCGUUUUCACAAAAUGGAAACCUCUGAGAUACUAAAUAAAUACUCACCAGAACGCUCACACUUAGAUAUUAUUGCGCCAACAGCGGCGCCAGUUACAACGCCACCGAUAGAAAGAACUUCUAGAUAUAAGCACACUAAAUACUACGAUGAUGGACGUGGGGGUAAAAAAGAGGUGUAUGAGCGGGAGACACAUUUGGAUGUACACGGGAAACCACAUGUGCGCGAGACACGACAUUGUGAGAGAAUGGAUGGCUCAUUGGAGCGCCAACAACUGAAUGACUAUGAGCCCAAGAGUUUGGAUUCACAGCUAACGAGCACUGAUCAAUAUCGCUCCUCGCCCGAGAACAUGAAGCGUUAUGAGAUAAGUUUGGCACACCCCCAUGACAUGCAUAGCAGCAGUCUGAAGCGGGAUAAGCUGCAACAGCGAAGCUUCGACAAAGGGGACUCUGGUAUUGAGAAUGACUUUCGAAAAGAAUCCUUCAAUGGAGAGCUAACAUCAAGAUGGCGCAAGCGGACCACUGCAGAUGAUAUAAAAGCUUGCGAAUCAUUUCUUCGGAAGGAACGGCGUCACAUCGAGCAGCUGCAUGUAACACGACGCAAGGAUAGUUACGUCUAUCGAGAAAGAUCCAUCGACGACGGCUCACACUAUGAUCCGCAUCUGGACAAGUAUCCAGUUGCAAAUAACACACUUCGACGGAAGGAUCAACAGUCGCAGACUGCCGGAUCCGAGACGAUAAAACGCAAUAAGAAGCUCGGCGGUUUCGAAAAAGUUAAACAGCUUUUUACAGGCGUAAGUGCUGGCGGCGGAAGCGGCAGCGGAAGCGAGGGUGGCAAAUCUGGCAAAAAAGAUGGCGAGAGACAAACGCGCGGUAAUAGCAGCAUCACUACGAUGACGACGAACAGCAGUUCGCCAACCACUCGAGGAACGGGAAUAUCCAAAGACAAAGACAACAGUGGAGGAGAGAAAGAACGUGACCGCUACAUGGUAAAAGAAGAAGAGAUGCGUUCGCGUUACAGUGAGCAUCACGGAGCUGGCGGAACGAACACAGCGGCAAUGCCGCGUGAUAAUGGGUUCCGCGAACCAAAGGUGAGUGGCUACUACAGCUAAAUAGCUAAUAUUUUAAAGACAACAUUAAGAAUGUGGAGAAAAAGGCAUGAAUGGCUAAUUAGAAAAUGAUUCACAGUGGCGGUUGUGUUGUGCUAAACGCUUGGGGUGUAAUAUGUGAAAGAUCAAGUUCAGUGCCCACGCUGGUAUGUGACCUUUCUAAUUAUUUUCGUAUCGAUUUUUAAAGCAUUAUUAAAAUGUUGCCACCAGCGUUCUGGUGGGAGUUUGCCCGUCACAUAUGAUCACCCCACACAUAUACCUAACGGUCCAAACAAAGAAAUAGCGUGAGAUCAAAGCUCUUUCAAAAAGCAUGUUUCCGCAUGUGGAAUUCUAUUGUAUUGUCUAUCACAAGAUAGCCUAUUCAAUAAAAUCUAACAACAACAAAUCCAAUAUAAUAUUUUACCAGUAAUCACGUUCAAUUGCGCCACGAUAAAAUGUCAAUGUGUUAAUGCCUGGUAGUUGGACAAUAGUGGAUUUUUCUUUUGCAACUAUACAAGCCAUUUAAGCAAUACAAGUCCCUGUUCGAAUGACGCAAUGGCUAUCGCAUCAUUGACGGCGCCACUUUGACUCUAAAGCUGCUGAACGCCGUGUUGGCGAUGGUUACAAACACUCCAAAUCUUUGCUAUACAAUAGUUGGACGAAUGUAACUAUACUUGCAUACAUACGUACGUUAAAAAUGUGCAUGUUUAUGUGCGAAUGAUGAGUAGACUGCAUAUGACUUGCUGAAAAUCGCUUCCUUGUGGCAUGUUGGCGCUUUGGACGCACGUCAGUUGAGUACAUCGUUGGCGGCAAUGGAGACCGCACUUGAAGUGAGGUGCUACUUGUGGUGCAAUGGCGCUGCAUUGUCCGCUACUGCUGGUUGCCACACUUCCGUAACAACUACUACGUCUACUCUUAAUUUGGCAUGCAAAUGGAGCUUUAUUAA